AAGAGAAAACGUUUGACUUCUCUCAGCAAAGUCCACAAUUUCAUCUUCCUCUGAACUUCAACGCUUUCAUGUUCUUCAUCCUUGAAUCCGUCAAACCUUCUUCUCCUUUCCGAUUCUAUUUAUACUCUUCUUCUCGGUUCCGUCCAUGUCUUCCUCACUUUCCCGGAUUUCUCACCGGAACUUUUUUGAAUUCUCUAAUCGCCGUCCAUGGCGUCGACGUUCAGUUCCGGCGCUCAAAUGUUACUGCUUCUUUCUGUUUUUAUUCUCGCCGGAAGCCUAAGAAGCGGCGACGCUGCUUCGUUUAAGUUCAAUAUCCACCAUCGAUUUUCGGAUUCUGUAAAAGAGGUUCUCCACUCUGAAGGUUUACCGGAGAAACAUACCCCUGGAUAUUAUGCUACUAUGGUUCACCGUGAUCGGUUAGUUCGUGGUCGGCGAUUGGCAGCUACUAAUGAUGAUACACAGCUGACGUUCGCUUAUGGCAACGAUACCGUCUUCAUCGCUGAAUUGGGAUUUUUGUACUACGCGAAUGUUUCGGUCGGAACGCCGUCGGUAGAUUUCCUUGUGGCGUUGGACACUGGAAGCGAUUUGUUCUGGUUACCGUGUGAAUGUUCCAGUUGUGCUACUUAUUUGAACACAUCAAAUGGGGGAAAGUUUAUGUUGAAUCAUUAUAGUCCAAAUGAUUCAACAACGAGCUCAAUUGUUCCCUGCACUAGCUCUUUGUGCGGCCAAUGUACUUCAAACAAAAAUAUUUGUCCUUAUGAAAUAAAUUACGUGUCUGCUAAUACCUCCUCGAUUGGCUACUUGGUUGAGGACGUAUUGCACUUGGCCGCUGAUGAUGCACUACUCAAACCUGUUGAGGCUAAGAUUACUUUUGGGUGCGGUACGGUUCAGACUGGUAUAUUUGCAACAACUGCAGCUCCCAAUGGUCUUAUUGGGCUUGGCAUGGAAAAGAUAUCAGUUCCAAGCUUCUUAGCAGACCAAGGGCUUACCUCAGAUUCAUUCUCCAUGUGUUUCGGACUUGAUGGUUAUGGGAGAAUCGAUUUUGGGGACACAGGCCCAGCAGGCCAAAAACAAACCCCCUUCAAUACCAUGCUCCAUCAAUCCUACAAUGUCACCUUCAAUGAGAUAAAUGUGGGAGGAAAAACCAACAAUGUUCCAUUUACUGCAAUUUUCGACUCUGGAACCUCGUUUACGUACCUAACCGAACCAACUUACUCAACUAUUUCCGAGCAAAUGGAUGCAGGGAUGAAAUUAAAGCGCUUUUCAUUUGGUCCUAGUUUCCCAUUUCAAUAUUGCUACGAAAUUUCUCCAAGUGCAAAAGAAAUUCGACGUCCGCAACUGAAUUUCACAAUGGAGGGUGGAGAUGAAUUUGUCCCUAUAGAUAUUUUUGUUGUUAUUCCUGUUGAUGAGACUAAAAGUGCUGCUUGUCUAGCCCUUGCCAAAAGCACUGAUAUCGAUCUUAUUGGACAAAACUUCAUGACUGGUUAUCGUAUUAUCUUCAAUCGUGGUGAGAUGGUGUUGGGAUGGAGUCCUUCAGACUGUUACGACAAUGGCGAAAGCACUCCCUCCGACUCUCCUCCAGCUGAUUCUCCUCCCUCCGACUCUCCUCCAACUGAUUCCCCACCAUCCGACUCCCCUCCGACUGACGACACUCCACCGUCCGGCGACUCUCCCCCGUCCGAUGACUCGCCUCCGUCCGGCGACUCUCCCCCAUCCGAUGAUUCGCCUCCGUCCAGCGACUCUCCCCCAUCCGAUGACUCGCCUCCGGCACCGUCUACCCCAGGAGGAGGCAACGGUUUGCCGAGAAUUGGAGCUGCAGCGCGGUUGAACCCAUUGGGGUCUGUAUUUGUUGUGGUUCUUGCAAUUUUGGCUGUUGUUUGACUUUGAUUCUUUUCUCUGGGUUUCAUUGUCUGGUGGUGUAUUUUAUUUUAUUUUUUUCGUGAAAUAAUAAUUUAAAUUUGGAAUAGUUUUUAUCCCAUCGUUCUUCCUA